AUGUCUUCUUGUUUAUCUCACAGGUUCGUCUUCGGUGUGAAAGGGAGCCGCUCCAACGAGGUUGCGUUUUCUGACCAAGUCACGAUCGUGUACGUGGCCGGACAUAACAUUGUCAUCUACAACAUCCUAGAGGGAAAGCAGCGCUUCAUCCAUGGAUCAGACGUAUCAAAAUCCAUAACAGCCAUGACGCUGUGUCCUUCUGCGCGAUUCGUCGCGUUGGCUGAAGACGGCGACAAGCCGACGGUCUCACUUCACGACCUCCGGACGCUCCGGAUACGGAAGACACUACAAGUUGAGGAGGGCGGAAGUCAAUGCGUAAGCCUGGCUUUUAGUCACGAUAGUAAUGUACUGCUUACUCAAGGUGGGGCUCCUGAGUGGAACCUUGUCCUAUGGAACUGGGCGAAGGCGCGCCAACUUGCCAAAAUUCGGACAUCUGAGACCCUCCCUGUCUACCAGGUCAGCUUCAGCCCUGUGGAUACUUCACUGGCUUGCGUUUGUGGAAACUCAACUUUCCAGUUUUACCGUGUGGCCGAAGGUGAUCUGCGGCCAAUGACAGCACCACGGGUCAAGGAGCACAACUUCUUGUGCCACACGUGGCUAAAGCAACCCGAGGAUCACCUUGUUCUGGGGACAGAAACCGGCCAAUUGUUGCUUUUCAGAUCUGGCGAUUUUGUGUGCUACCUGGUUGGUGCACCCGGCGGCCAAACGAAGAUCGCGACACUCCUCUCGUACUCACAGGGCUUCAUUGCGGGAUGCUCCGACGGAGGGCUGCGCUUAUAUGUGAUGGAUCAUACGGAGAAUCCUAGUCCCGCGAAAAUGUUUGACUGCAAGCAAAUAUGGCGGGUGGACACAACGGCUGACGUGGUAAGCCUCGCCUUGUGCCCGAAUGAGGACCGACUGUGUGCGGUGACCUCUGACAACCAGUUGUUCGAGGUGAAGAUAAUCACUCAACAUAUUAAAGACAGCGACAUGAAGCCGGUCAUAUCCCUGUUCCACGGGCCUGGUCUCAACACUGGCGGGAUCACGGGUAUGGACACCUGUGUUCGUAAGCCUCUGGUGGCUACCUGCGGCAUGGACCGAACCAUACGCGUGUGGAAUGUCGUGGAACAACGGCUGGAUCUUUGGAAGGUGUUCCAGGAGGAGCCGUACAGUCUUGCGAUGCAUCCGUCAGGGCUGCAUCUUGUAGUGGGGUUCACGGACAAACUCCGCCUUAUGAAUCUUUUGAUGGAUGACAUUCGGACUUAUCAUGAGUUUUCUAUCAAACAAUGCCGAGAGGUCAAGUUCAGCAAAGGUGGAAGCAUGUUCGCAGCGGUCAACGGAAACGUUGUAACUAUUUUUGACUUCAACACGUACGACAAGCUCGCGGACCUUCGUGGACACAACAGCAAGGUUCGGCAUCUCUACUGGGGGGGGCAAGAUCAAACUCUUGUGAGUUGUGGACAGGAUGGAGCAGUGUACCAGUGGGAUGUCGACGAAGCCAAGCGAUUGGGAGAAUUCGUACAGAAAGGGACAACCUACAGCUGUGCCCUCAGGUCAGUCCGGGGUUGUUCCCUCAGUUUCAGUUUUGUGCCACGAACAACCGCUGAACCCGAACUAGCAAGCAUGCUAAUCGUAUCGGCUGACCUACGCCAACUCUACCCCGUGCCACCGCCCAGCACGAAAGAAUCAGUGUUUACCGUGGGCAAUGACCGAGUGCUGAAAGAGCUUGAGGUCCCUGAUCUACAAGUUAUCAAGGAGCUCAAUGCUGGCGUUACGCUCGGGCAAAUUGUACUCUCCAACUCGGAGCACAUGAUGUUUGCCGGAACUUCGGAGAGCGGGAGGCCAGGUUGUGUGCGAGCAUACAGCUUCCCACUUACCGGAGACUACCUUGAGUAUGCUUGCGUUGGCACACCAGUUACACGUCUGUGCAUCACACACGAUGACCAGUUUCUAUUAGCGGCGGAUGAAGCGAGCUGCCUUUUUGUGUUUGAUGUCCGAGAUCGCCAAGAUCGAGGACAGGCGGGGUCGAAGAUGGGGGGCGGGGAGCUGCAGCCACUUGCCGCGUCUGAGGUUACGGUUCAAACAGAGCUCAAGAACAAGGUCGACGAGCUUGCUCUGCACAAUGAGUAUCAGCUCCGGCUGAAGGAUAUGAACUACUCUGAGAAGAUCAAGGAGAUCACCGAGAAAUUCACGCAAGAUCUGGAACAGAGCAAGAACAAGUUUGAUCUCCUCAGGGAAGAAAAAAGUGACUUGGAGAUGGAAUAUGAGGCACGCCUUAGAGAAAUGGACGAGAAACAUCAACACGAACUGCAAGAGCUGGAAAACGCAUACCAGCAAAAGAUUAUGGGCGAGGUCGAGCGGUACCAGGCGCUUGUCCAGGAGAGAAACAUGCAGCAAGACCGGUGGAACGAACAACAGCAACUCCUCGUCACGACACACGAAAGAUACGUUGCUGAACUGACCGAGGAGUUCGAGCAAAAACUUGGCGAAGACCGACAGCUGCGCCUUCAGUUGCACGAGGAGAAAACGGAACUCGACAGAGAGUUUACUGAAACAAAGCACCAGGUGGAGGACGACAUUGACACGGAAAUCGACAACUUGCGGAAUCGGUUUGAGAAUCAGCUCACUGCCGAACGCGAGGCCACUCUACGCUACAAAGGGGAGAACGGUAUCAUGAAGAAAAAAUUCACGGUUUUGACCAAGGACAUCGAAGAUCAGAAGGAGGAGAUAAGGACAUUGCACGAGAAAGAAAAAGAACUCCAACAGAAGAUCAAAGGACUGGAGCGAGAAAUCGUAGCCCAUAAACGAGAGAUAAAGUAUAGAGACGACACCAUUGGAGAAAAGGAGAAAAAGAUAUAUGAGCUCAAGAAAAAAAACCAGGAGGCAACUGGAAAAAUUCAAAUUUGUGCUCGACUUCAAAAUCAAAGAGCUGAAGCGCCAGAUUGAGCCUCGCGAGACAGAGAUCGGUAGC